AUGGAACUAGACAUGGGGUCAGCCCUGUCUAUAAUUUCCCAAGGAACUUUUAACCACAUUUGCAGUCGCAGCAGCAAACAAGUCAAACUCAAGCCAUUGAAUCUUCUGUUAACUGAUUUCCAAAACUCCCGCGUAGCAGUUAAAGGAGAAGCCACACUCAAAGUGCAGUUCAAAGAGUUUGAGGGUCUCCUGGACGUUGUAGUUGUUGAAGACAACCGCACAAGCCUCCUCAGGCUAGACUGGUUUGAUGCAUUGGGCAUCCACGUGACUGGCAUACAUAGAAUGCAAGCAGCAGACCUGUCAUUAGUUUGCCAAGAGUUUGCUGAUGUAUUCAGCCAAGACUUAGGGAAGUAUAAGGGUACUCCAAUUACCCUCCACCUUGAUCCUACCAUAACCCCAGUAAGGAUCAAGCCUCAUAGAGUGCCUUUUGCCUUCAAACCCAAAAUUGACAUAGAGCUGGACAAGCUAGUGCAACAAGGUGUGUUGCAGCCAGUAGACAGCAGUAGGUGGGAAACCCCCAUAGUUACACCACUUAAGGUCAAUGGGGAGGUGCGCAUAUGUGCAGAUUAUAAGUGCACUAUUAAUAGAGCGCUUCAACAACAUUCAUAUCCGGUCCCUAUAGUCAGCCACAUUUUGGCGUCACUACAGGGAGGACGCAUAUUCGCCAAAUUGGAUUUGGCUCAAGCCUACCAGCAACUGCCCGUGGACGAUGCCACGGCAGAAGUUCAAACUAUAGUUACCCACAGGGGAGCUUUCUGGGUGAAGCGCCUACAAUUCGGAGUUAGUGUCGCCCCAGGACUUUUCCAGAGCAUGAUGGAGCGCACGCUCAAAGGUAUUCCAAGCGUGUGUCCAUAUUUCGAUGAUGUCCUCAUAGCUAGGGAGUCAGUAGAGAAAUUGGCAGAACGGCUUAUGGACCACAAGCCACUCCUGGGUCUAUUCAUUACAGACAAACAAACACCUCAGAUUCUCUCUCCAAGGAUGCUGAGGUGGUCCAUUUUUCUCUCAGCUUAUAAUUACAGUCUGAUUCACAAACCGGGCAGGGAAAUGGGCCAUGCAGACGGCCUUUGCAGACUGCUCCUGCCACACUUAGAGCCAGACCCUGCUCCAGCGGCUCGCAUUCUGGCUAUCCAGGAUUUGCCAGAGUCUCCCCUUAAUAGUUUCAGUAGGAGGAAGGAUGAGGUUUCAGCUCACAAAGGCUGCAUUUUGUGGGGGAGUCGGGUCAUAGUUCCAUACUCCUUGAGGCCCAGGGUACUUGAGUCUCUGCAUGAGGGACAUCCGGGAAUAGUCCGGAUGAAGGCACUCGCGAGAAGCUACCUGUGGUGGCCAGGGUUAAAUAAAGAUAUUGAGGCCCAAAUACACAGCUGCUACAUUUGCCAGCAAUCCCAACCAGAAAUGCCGCAAGCCCCCGUCCAUUGAUGGGAAACCACACAAGCCCCGUAGUCAAGAAUCCACAUCGAUUUUGCAGGCCCUUUUCAGGGACAGCUGUUCCUUAUUGUGGUGGACAGUCACUCUAAGUGGUUAGAGGUCACACCUGUUCCAACUAUGACUACUACCAGGACCAUUCAGGAACUGCGCAGGAUCUUUGCAACACACAGGUUACCCGACGUGAUAGUCUCAGACAAUGGGGCUCAAUUUACCACUGCAGAAUUCCAGUCCUUUUUAAGGGCUAACAUGAUCAGGCACACCACUUCAGCACCUUUUCACCCAGCCUCUAACGGCCAAGCGGAAUGCAUGGUCCGAACGACUAAAGAAUCCUUAAAAAGGAUCGAAACCGGCAACUGGCAGCAUAGACUGGCAGACUUCUUACUCUGCCAACGCACGACUCCCUGCACUUCCACGGGCAGAAGCCCAGCAGAAUUAAGAUGA